AUGUCUUCAUCCACAUUUACACAAACAAGGUCGCGAGCAUUAAGUUUGGAAAAGCAAACCGAACAAUUACUAUCGAAAUUUUCCCAAUUUCAACAACAACAGCAACAAAAUCAAUCACAAUCUUUAGAUAUAACUCAAGAGGAAAUCACUAUAAGACAACAAAUAGAAGAAAUUUUCCAGAAAAGAGAUGCCAUAAUUCUGAAAUUAAAUCGUAUUAGUGAAGUAGAACCGAAUUUAUCCACAUCAAAAUUGCAACAAUUGACUCGUCAUAAAGAGAAAUUAAAUGAUGAUAAUUUAUCAUUCACGAAAAUCAUUAAUAAUAUUGAAGAUGAAAGAAAUAAAAAUAAUUUAUUAUUCAAUGUUCAUCGAGAUAUAAAUCAUCAUAAACAGCAAAGAAAUUUGGAUGGUAAUGCAUAUAUUUUAGAAGAAAGUGAGCGAGUGAAUAAUGUCAAUUCAAUAGCUGAUAGAUUGUUACAAGGGGCAUUUGCUACAAGAGAUGAAUUAUUGAAUCAACGUCAAUAUUUGAAUAAUGCUCAACUGCAAGUAGCGAGCACUAUGCAGAAUAUCCCUGGGUUGAAUGUGUUGAUUAGUAAGAUUAAUACUAGGAGAAAAAGAGAUACAUUGAUAUUGGCUUCAGUUAUAGCUAUUUGUAUAUUAUUUUUAUUCUUUGUGUAA